AUGGAGCCACGCAGCUUUGGCCGGACACAGCGCGUUGAUAGCUUAUUACGGCGGUUUGGCGGCGGUUUGGGCUUUGGCACACCGGUGGUAUCGUAUGCUCCGCGAGUGUCCUCGAGAGGAUGGGCGUUUAGGAUCAUAAGUAUAGAUGGCUUGAUUGGGAGGGCGAUACAAUGGGUAAUGCACGACAAUGGCCUGAAAUACGACGGCUUUUAUACCCCGUUCUUUAGUCCCUGGAAAAGGAGGCUCCAAGGCACCUUCCCGGUCAGGGACCCUCGUGUUCAAUAUGGCGGAGUGGACGGUUCAGGGCUGUAUACAAAACCACAGCAACUACAAAUGCCUAUUGGCACAUUGUGUUUGAGAUCAUCCCGGAUCGCCGACUGGGACCAGAGCAAUCUAAGUUGGCACCUUGCUUCUGCAAAAGGGCUUGAUAAUAUUACGAGCAUAGAGCAGAGGUUGGCCUCUGCAGAUUUCUUUUGGUCCAGGCCCUUGAAUCUUUGCGUUGGUAGCUUGUUUCUCCUUCUUCCUUCUGCCAACCACUUCUCCGUACACUAUCUAUGCUGCUACGUAGGCCUUAUACUUAUGCUAGCACCACUACUCCUUGACAUCUCGUGGGAGACCGGGGCCACGACGUGCGUCUCCGAAUACUGCAAAUGGCCGGAGCGUGCAGAUAGGAUUGCACAAUACGGGGUAGAUCAGCAAGGGAACGGCCGCAUGCCAGCUUUGCCUGCGGAAGCAGGGCUGGCCGUGUAUAUAAUGCGGCAUCCUCCUGCUACCUCACUGCCUACGAUUGACGUCACCAAGGUUACUAUUGAAAGGGGUAGCGGUGAUUUCCCUACUGAAAACGACAAGGUGAAGGUCGCAUAUACUUGCUACCUUAAAGAUGAUGAAAAACCAGGAGACUAUUUUAAAGGAAGGCAGAUCGUUCUCCCAGGGCAGUCGGGUGAUCUCACAUUUCGCAUUGGAAAUAAAGAGGUUGUUCCUGGUAUGCCGACAUCAAUCACUCGGUUAAGUAUAGUACUGAAAAUAGUCUUCUCCCUAGGGUUUGAAGAGGGGGUUUCGCGUAUGAAACUUGAUGAGCGGUGCAUCUUGACUAUUCCUAGUGAGCGCGCAUAUGGUGAAAAUGAAAUCCGCCUUUGGCAGAUCGAUAAAUCGCCAGCUACAGUCUAUAGCUGCACGUAUUGCCGUAACCCCUUCGAUGCUAAGGAUGACUGGAGUCGCCACGAGUUUGCCCACCUAGAUGAGGAUGAUAAUAUCGGCGAGAGAUGGCGGUGCCCCGAACCCAACGAAGCCGGUGGAGAUUGCGCCAAGAAACUUCGCUCGAUGCACCUUUUUGAACAGCAUCGCCGGGAUGAGCACGGUAUGGCCGAUACCCCGAGGGAAUGCUGCGUGGAAAACUUUACGGGGGGCGACUACCACAUUCGUUAUUGGUGUGGCUUCUGCAAGAAGCUUGUUUCCAAUACCACGGAGGGUUUCGAAGCUAUAUCAGAAAGAAAUACUCAUGUCGCGCGUCACUUUGAGAAUGGGAGUACGAUCAAAGAGUGGGUGCACUAUGGACUAGUGUGUCAUAUUUCGGUUUUAAAGUUCAACAGACGGUUCUGGAACCUUUCGCACGUGAUCGCGCACGACGGUUCUUUCCUCACGACGCUUUUGAAUGUACGGCAUGCCUAUCUAUCCUUGAUCAAGUCGUUCGCCUGUAACGGCUCCAAGCCAGAUCCCUGGCCUCGAAUCUUCUAUACCCGCUUGUUCCAUCAUCUCUCUUGCCGCAGGACAGACCCUCUGCAUCUAUUGCUGCAAGGUAUGAUUUCUACGUGCAUGUUGGGUGAUCUCUUACUUUGGAAACUGAAUACUCCUCCUGGGGCUAGCCGGUUCACUCUUAAAGAUAUACUUCUUGAAUUGGAUUUAAUUACAGAAACAAUGGUUCAAAAUCGCCCACCUCCCCAGCUGCCUGAAUCCGAGGACAUGCUGAUACCCUGA